AUGCCAACUGUUCUUGUAUCUAAGUGGUCAGAUUAUAGUUACACAUUGUUACUAGAAAGAAAGAAAUCUAGAUUAGAAUUAUUAUCCGAAUUUCUAACUCAAGAAGCAGUAAAGAUUUCCACAACAUCUAACUUAUGCUUAAUAAAUGCACGCAGCGAUAAAUAUAAAAAUUAUGAUAAUAAUAUAAGUAGCAGAUCACAUUCUGUUUUAGUACUGAAUGAUAAGUGUCAAUACUGUCGUGUUUCAAGACACGAUUUAACAAAAUGUACGCAGUUUAAAAAAGCGCUAAGAAAAGAUAGAUGGCGAUACAUUAAGCGUAACAAUCUUUGUUACAAGUGUUUAUUGUCAAGUCAUGAGCGCGAAACAUGUCCGGCGCCCGUCUGCGAUAAAGAUGGCUGCGGCGGAGCGCACCACCGGCUUCUGCACUACCCCGUACCCACCGGGUGCAGGACUAGCAACGUCACCGCCGAACAAGUGAACGAAUGUCCACCCGUGAGUGAAACUGUGACCCAUAUUAACGUAAAGAAUCAACAAGUGUUAUUAAAAGUAGUGCCGGUAAAAAUUCGUGGACCAUACGGUGUUAUUAAUACCACCGCCUUACUUGAUGACGGUUCAACUGUGUCGCUCAUAGCUACCAAUCUCGCUAACCGCGCGGGACUGAGCGGACCCAGCGACACAUUACGUAUGUGUGGUGCAUGGAAUAAUUCUGUAAAUUUAUGUAACACUACUGUUGUAACCUUUGAUAUUUUCUCUGUAAAUUCAUAUGAUAAUAAUGAUGUGUAUACUGUAAAAGCUCGUACCAUAAAUAAUUUAGAUUUGCCUAUACAAGAUUUAUCUACUGUUAAUUACAACUUGUAUAAAAAUUUGCGUAAAAUUAAAAAUGAAUUGUGUGUAAAAAAAUUUAAACCUGAAAUACUAUUAGGGCAGGAUAAUUAUCAUUUGUUAAUUCCUUUGCAAACUAGUUUAGGUAAUAAGAAUGAACCCGUCGCUACACGCACUCCCUUAGGUUGGUGUAUACAUGGUUGUUUAGGUAUACCGGAACAUAAACAAUCGUCCCACUCGACCCUCCGUAUCUCUGAGUUACACAGCUUACCAGUCGACGAGAGCGAGCGCAUGUUACGAGACAUUCAUGACGAGGUGCGACGGUCAUUCACCAUCGAGUCCAUGGGAGUGUCAGGUAAGCCACGGGAGAAUGCUAAUGAUAUCCGUGCCCUGACAGUGAUGGAGCAAACUGCUACACUCAUCAACGGCAGGUGGGAGGUUGGGCUACCAUGGAAAGAUGAAAGCUGCAGGAUGCCAAAUAGCUUCCCUAACGCUGUACGCAGAUUAAAAGGUACAGAAAAGAAAAUUAUGUUAAAUACGGAAUAUGGUAACAGGUAUGUCGAACGUGUUAAUCAUUUAUUACAAAAUAAUUAUGCCAGAGAGUUGGAAGACUGCAGUGUCUCGCCACGGACAUGGUACUUACCACAUUUUGGGGUAGACAACCCAAAUAAAAAAAACUACGUCUAG